CACUGGACGCGCACGGACUUGCUCGUGUUAUAUCCACCUGCUUCAACGCAAGUGGUUUUGCAAUUCUCACUUCUUAGCUCUCCUACCUACGACUACUAGUGGUAGUCGUGAUGAGCUCACUCUCAGACUACUCCCCAAGCGAAUUAAACGAGUUGGGAAUUGUGCUAUUACAAUUGAAUUACGCUAAUGUGGCCAUAGCGUGUCUCUUGGUGUACGAUUACUUGACCACGAUCGCACUCGAGAUCUCUUAUCUGUUCCAUGGACAAUGGGGCGUGAUCAAAUUUCUAUACUUGGUCUGCCGUUAUCUCCCAUUUGUCUUCGUGACUUUGGGGAUAUUCAUGUGGGUGCCACCUGCUUUAUCACAAACCAUGUCUCUGUGCCAAACAUAUUAUACUUUGAGCACUUAUAUUGGUGGUGUGAUAUUGUUCUGCGCGGAGUGUAUAUUCGUCACACGUACAUGUGUACUUUGGGGAUACAAACGAUCGAUUGUUGUCUUUUUCAUGAUCAGCACAGCAUUCUAUGUCGUCUCGACUAUCGUAAUCAUGAAGAUGCACGCGUCGUCGACGAGAGUCAUCGAAUCACCGAUGCCCUCUGCAAGCUGCUUUGAUUCCGCAGAAAGUGACGUCAUUGUCGCUGCAUAUGGUUUGCUUAUUCUUGCAGAUUUGCAAAUCAUGUUCUUCUCACUGUGCAAAGCCACAGCAAACUUUAGAAAUUGGGCUUGCAAGAAUCGAUUACUCGAAAUCCUCAUCCAGCACAACAUAUUCUACAUUACUUGUGGACUGUGUUCUUCUGUUAUUGUUAUUUUGACGACGGCCCUUUUGCAGGUCAGCACUUCCUCUUUACUGGAAAUCUAUGUUGACGUGGCAUCCCCAAGGCAUCUUAUGGUAAUUGGAUGGCUAGUGCUCAAGUCGUGUUCCACGCGCUUCUGGUAACAAAGAUGAACCUCGAACUAUGGGAAGAAAACAGGCGUUAUAACCUCCCUUGAUAUUUGCUGUAGAUUGAGUGCGGUGAACGAAUCGAGCAGAUCCUUGCGUGUCUUGUUUGUCGUCGUCACGAUGUCACUUUAACCCUGACAUGCCAUUCUAUGAUUGUCAUGACACGUACCAUGACGGAUCUCUACACAAUACGGCAUAGGAAGAUAGGGAACAUAACCAUUCUGAUUGGCCGACUUCACCGAGGCUCGCAGGCUAGCUUUUGGACAGAAUGUCCAAGGAGGCAAGUCAUUAAUUCACAGAACAGAAGGCCUGACAAGGAACACACUGCUUGUGUGCAGUAUUGUCCUCAUUCGUAUUAUUGUGUGUCUAUUUGUGAUGUAUGUCAGCGCUGAGCCAUAUUCAGCGCAACCUUCACAGUGCCAAGACUCUCGUCAGUGCGUGUUUUAUGUCAGGUAAGUCAGAUAAUUGCUGGUAU